UCAUCUCGUCAUCCUAUCUCGGCAGCUUACUUAUGACGUCACGAGGAAGAUGGCGGCCUUCAGUAUGAAAGUCGCAUGUCGGGGUUUGGUGGGUCGAGGUGUUUGGAGGCUCUCAGAAGUGGCAGAAAGACAGUAUCACAGAUGUCCAAUUACAUUACAUCUGCACAGGCCCCGGGCUUUUGGGACACAUCAACAGCUGGUCUUAAUGAAUGUUCGAUACCAAAGCACAGCAAUCAAAGCUGCCAGCCAGGUUCCAGUUAUCGCAGAGGCACAUAUACCUACAACCCAUCCUACUCCAGAAGCUGUGUUACCCCUGACAGUUUCUGAGGUCACCCCCACAGUUCCAGAGACACUUGGUCAGGUGGAACAAGGCUUGGCAGAAUUGGGCCUUGCAGGCCACAGCCCUACAGGAUUGGUACAAAACAUUCUGGAAUUCUUACAUGUGGACAUAGGCCUGCCUUGGUGGGGUGCAAUUGUAUCAGCUACACUAGUUGCUCGUAUCUUGAUUUUUCCACUGAUCGUUAAAGGCCAGAGAGAAGCUGCCAAACUGAAUAACCACAUGCCACAGAUAACGGUAAUGACAACUCGUAUGAAUGAAGCCAAGCAGUCCGGGAACAAAUUUGAAUUCUCCAAAGCAUACACUGAGCUUACCCUGUAUCAGAAGAAACAUGAUGUCAAUCCCCUCCGAGGUUUUCUGGUGCCCCUGGUGCAGAUGCCAGUGUUUAUUUCCUUCUUUGUGGCACUGAGGCAGAUGGCAUACCUUCCAGUUCCCAGCAUGCAGACGGGCGGUCUCUGGUGGUUCACAGACCUGACUAUAGCUGACCCUAUAUAUGUCCUACCAGUAGUUGUCACAUGCAGCAUGCUGGCAGUUAUAGAGUUGGGAGCAGAGUUUGGUGUGAAUAAUCCUCAGCUCGCAAUUAUGAAGAACGUUAUGCGUAUUAUGCCACUUACCAUUUUUGCAUUUACCAUCCAUUUUCCUACUGCUGUGUUCAUGUAUUGGGCAACCUCCAACUUUUUCUCAAUAGCACAAGUAGCGCUCUUAAAAAUUCCAACUGUUCGGAAGAAACUAAAUAUUCCAGAAAAAAUUCAGCAUGACCCCUCAACGCUCCCCAAACAGGAAGGGUUCAUAAAGAGCUUGAAAAAAGGCUGGAGCAAUGCACAGGUAGCUAAACAGCUGGAGGAGAGAGAAUACAGAAUUAAAAACCAUCUGGACAUUGCAGCAAAAGGACCUCUGAGACAGACCUUUUCCCAGAAUCCCUUGCAGGAGAGGAAAAAAAUUCUUGUAUCUGCAAAGAAAUCGAAACCUUGGCAGGACACUAUUGGAUAGAAUUGCAAACCAUCUUUUAGUUCCUGGACUCUGCCAAUCUGUUCUGUCAGGUUGUUGAACUCUGAAAGGAAAUGACCUAGUAAAUCACAGGAUAAAUAAAUGGUGGAUUAUGUGCUGUGCAUAUUGGGGUAUCCUUUUAUUUGCACAGCUAUAAGAUGUAAUUCUUUUCAUGCAGGACAAUUCAAGUAGGGCCGUUCUUACAUUUCUUGCUGUAAUUUAUUUGGAAAUCAAACGUGUGCUUAAUAUAAAAGAAGCUUUUGUAAUUCCCUAA